AUGCUAGACGACCACAUAUUACGGAAACAUCCAAAGUGCAUAAGCGAAGUCACUCGUAAGAUACACGAAUGCUCUAAAUGUUCGUAUAAAACCACGAUAAAAAUCAAUAUCGAAAGGCAUAUCAUGCUGACACAUCCUGGCUUGAAAUCGAACUUCAAGUUUAGCAGUUGUCCACAUUGCAACGCUACCUUUAAAAGGAAACAAUCCGUAGACUCGCAUAUAAUAAGAAAGCACCCACAAUUUAUAUCCUCCAUUAAAAGAAAAAUCUUCGAAUGUUCACAUUGCACAUAUAAAACUAUCCUGAAGCCGGAACUAGACAAACAUGUGCUGUUACAUCCAGGCGCUUCCUCCGUACAACUGAGCGUAUGCGUCCAUUGCAACGCGUCAUUCAGGUUCAAAGACGUUUUGGAUAAUCACAUAUUAAAACACCAUCCCGAGUUUAUAGAGACGAUAACAAGGAAGAUACACACUUGUCCGAUUUGCCUGUACAAAACCGUUCACAAGACCGCUUUGGAUAGACACAUGUUGGUACAUCCGGGAGCUUCUACGAACAUCCAGCUGAGCACUUGUCCGCAUUGCGAUGCUACAUUCAAAAAGAAACAGUCCGUGGAUGAUCACAUUUUGAGAAAGCAUCCCGAAUUUAUUGACACCGUGACCUCGACAAUCUAUCAAUGCACCACUUGCAGUUACAAGACCGUCGGCAAGUGCGAUUUGGAGAAACAUCUGACCAAACACCUUGACAUUGAAUUGAAGUUGAGCAAUAAAUGCAUGCAUUGUGACGGGAAAUUUAGAGAGAUCAAGUUCCUCGACGAUCAUAUUAUUACCGACCAUCCCGAUCAGGUAGCGUCAAUAACCAGCAAAACGCAUGAAUGUACCGAAUGCUCGUUCAAAAGUACCGUAAAGGGUCGCUUAGACAAACAUUAUCGGACGCUGCACCCUGAGGCGACUUUCGGGUACAGAAUCAGUACUUGCGUGCAUUGUGGCGCGACUUUCAAAAAAGAUCAAGCUCUCGAUGAUCAUAUCAUCAGAAAACAUCCGGAUUUCAUCUCGACCAUCCCAAGGAAAAUACUCGAGUGUCCGAUUUGUUCGUAUAAAACUGUCGGCAAGGCUGGGUAUGAAAGACAUCUAACGGUACAUCCCGGAGCGAGUACCGUUCAACUGAUACCGUGCGUUCAUUGUAACGAGGAGUUUAAAACCAAACAGACGUUGGACAACCACAUAAUAAAAAAACAUCCGGAGCAUAUCGGAUCGGUUAGAAGGAAAAUACGUCAAUGUACUCGUGCGGGACUGAGAAAAUACUGGGCAAAAGGAGUAGGCGUUGGAGAUACGGAAGCAGAUAAGGGAGAAUCAUUCAUAUGCUAUAAUUGCGGCUAUACAGCUUAUAACAAACAUACUUUAAUCAAACACAUCAAAGUUGGCAAUUGUAAUUCGAUCACAGACGUUAAAAAACCUUCAAUCACGUAUACCAGAGCUCAUCCAGCCAAUCUGUACGUUUGUAAACAAUGUAGUAAAGAAUUCAAUAAGAAAACCAAUUUAGACUAUCAUAUAGUCAAAGAACAUCCGGAGAUCAUCGCGACGCUGUCUUGCAAAAUAUACGAAUGUCCUGUUUGCCAUUACAAAACUGCCUGGAAGGGCAACUUCGAUAGACAUAUGUUAAUACAUCCCGAUCCUUCUGCCUCCGACAGCGGCACCCAUACUUGUGCAGAGUGCACAUUCAAAACAAGCAACGUAAGUGUUUUGCGCAAGCAUAUGCUAAAAAAGCAUCCUCGUUCGCAGUCUAGAUACAAGAUAGGCAGCAAGUGUAUGUAUUGCAAUUCUGUAUUUCUGAAUAAGAUAAAUCUAGAUGGUCAUAUAAUGAAUAAACACCCGGAGCAUAUAAACGCAGUUACUUGCAAGAUACAUGAAUGUCCGGUCGCAACUUGCGAUUAUAAAACGACAAAAAAGAGCAACGUUGACCGACAUAUGUCGAAACAUCCGGAAGUCUCGAAUUACAAAUACAGUUUGUGCCAGCAUUGCAGCGCGACUUUUAUAGAAAAAAAGACGUUGGACGAUCAUAUGAUAAAAAAGCACCCAGAGUUCGACAAAUCCGUUAAUCGAAGUAUAUUCGAAUGUCCAAAGUGUCCGUACAAAACUGUCUUAAAAAGCAGGUUUGAUAGGCAUCUGAUGGUGCAUCCUGGCGCAGCCCUUAAGUUGAUUCUCAACGCAUGUAAACAUUGUGACGCGACCUUCAAAAUGAAGAAGGGGUUAGACGAUCACAUAGUGAGAAAACAUCCAGAAUUCAUGGCAACGGUGACAAGAAAGGUACAUCAGUGUCCGUACUGUCCGUAUAGAACUAUCGAAAAGACGGGGCUAGAUAAACAUUUGAUUAAGCAUCCUGACGCUGUUUCUAGUAUAAAGCUGAGUACAUGUGAACAUUGCCACAUGUCUUUCAAACGAAAACCAACUCUAGACGAUCACAUAGUAAAAAUCCAUCCAAAUUUUAUUUCGUCGGUUACCCGGAGAAUAUAUGAAUGCCCGUAUUGUCCAUAUAAAGCCACCAGGCCUGUGGAUGUCAAAAGACACCAAAAAAUUCAUCUUGAUGCGACCAAAUCUCAAUGACCUGUUUCAAAAGAAAUUACUGUAGACACGAUGUUUGGAUAACGAAUUCGACGACGCUGCAGCUCGACAGUAAGGCCAUUGCCUGUAAAGUAGGGUAAAUCGUACCGG